GCAGAGUUUGUAGUAAUGGCAGUUAUUCUUUUUCCUACAAUAAAUACCUUAUAUUCUAGUUUAAACACUGCAAUAUUUCAGUCAUUAACAUUUUUAGCUUUUGCAUCUCAUCUAAGAACAAUGUUUACAGAUCCAGGUGCUGUCCUAAAAGGAAAUGCUACAAAAGAAAUGAUUGAACAAAUGGGAUUUAGAGAUGGACAAGUAAUUUUUAAAUGUCCCAAGUGUUGUUCUAUUAAACCUGACAGGGCACAUCAUUGUUCUGUUUGCCAAAGAUGUAUUAGGAAAAUGGAUCAUCAUUGUCCAUGGGUUAAUAAUUGUGUUGGAGAAAAUAAUCAAAAAUAUUUUGUACUUUUUACUUUCUAUAUAGCAGGAAUGUCAUUGCAUUCUCUAUUCUUAUGUAUACAACAAUUUGCUACAUGUGUAAGACAAGAAUGGAAAGAAUGUUCUACAUUUAGUCCACCUGCAACAGUGGUACUGUUGCUUUUUUUAGUUCUUGAAGCUCUCCUAUUUGCCAUCUUUACAGUUGUAAUGUUGGGGACACAAUUGCAAGCAAUUUGGAAUGAUGAAACUGGUAUUGAGCAACUUAAAAAAGAAAAAGCCAGGUGGGUUCGUAAUAGCAGGUGGAAAUCCAUUCAAGCUGUGUUUGGAAGAUUUUCAAUUGCUUGGUUUUCACCCUUUACAUCACCUCCAAGGGGAAAGACAAAACAAGAUUCUUAUUUGUAUUCCGUAUAAUAUAUUACCAUGGUAUGUGGUUGUAUCCCAGGGAUAUUUAAUAUUUGUAAAUGUAAAAUAAUUGUGAUGUAUUAUGGAUUCAUGUGCAAGUGAAUAGAAUGUUUGUAAUUUUAUACUGUUAUCUACCGUUCUUAUUUUAUUGCAACCGAUUUUGG